CCGUGGCUGGUACUCUCCCGGCUAGUGCCUCGGGCGGGACCUAAAGAUAUGGGCACCACCUGGAGGAGCCCAGGAUGGGUGCGGCUCGCGCUCUGCCUCGCGGGCUUGGCGCUGUCUCUCUAUGCGCUGCACGUGAAGGCGGCGCGCGCCCGGGAUCGGGAUUACCGCGCGCUCUGCGACGUGGGCACCGCCAUCAGCUGUUCGCGCGUCUUUUCCUCCAGGUUCGCGCAGGACUGGAAGACCUGGGGUUCCGGGGACCAGGAGUGCCUGGCGGCCAGGUUGCCGGAUGGUUUUUGGAGUCUAGGUGGGGCCGGGGCUUCGGGCUGGUGGAGCAAGUGCUGGGACAGGACAGCAUCCUCAAUCAAUCCAACAGCAUAUUUGGUUGCAUCUUCUACACACUACAGCUGUUGUUAGGUUGUCUCCGGGGACACUGGGCCUCUGUCCUGCUGGUACUGAGUUCCUUGGUGUCUCUCGCUGGUUCUGUCUACCUGGCCUGGAUCCUGUUCUUCGUGCUCUAUGAUUUCUGUAUUGUUUGCAUCACCACCUAUGCCAUCAAUGUGGGCCUGAUGUGGCUUAGCUUCCAACAGUUCCAGGAACCCCAGGGCAAGGCCAAGGGGCAUUGAGUCUUCACCCUAAGCCAGGCUGACCUUGUGUGCUUUGUUUUGGCAUGUGAGCCUUGCCCAAAUGGGGCCGUGGCUGAGUUCCUAGAAGGCCCUGCUUUCCCUUCCCCCGCAUACCCAUACACAGGACAAUGGACCAAGUGUGCCAAGCCCCUUCCUCCAUGCACUGUCUCUGGCUCUGUCCCCAAGGGCUGGUUUCCAAAGCUCCUGCCAUUGCCUGGGGAAGAAACGUUCUGAGCAAUAAAGUUUCUCAAAUCAGUUGGCCCAGUAUGAACCAUCUGUCUGCUGGGGACCCUGGUCUUGGGCCGCCCUCAGUGUUGCCUUAUCUGGAGCUGAGAAGGAUGAGUCAGAGAGAGAGUGGAGGGCCU